AUGGUUCCUCCAUCCUCAUCAGGUUGCGCCUUUGCCACCAUCGAGGCCGACCCGACCAGCACCAUCCUCGGGUUCGAGCCCGUCGUCAUCUACGGCGCCGCCACCCUCGGCUGCGUCGGCCUCGGAUGGCUCGCAGGCCCGACCGUCGGCGGCGCACUGUGGCGCUUGACCCACCGCCGUGUCAAGGGCGCAAUCGAGGCAAAGGACAAGGACUUCUUCCGCCACAUCUCGCGGUGGCGAGCCGACCCGUCGCGGCAGUCUGCCGCCAACCCGUCUCCCGACUACUACGCCGAGAAGGUCGGCUCGCUGCAACAGUACCGCACCUGGCUGCGCGACCAGGCGUCGUUCAAGCGCAAGGCUCAGUUUGGCCAGGGCAAGGACGCCGUCUACUGAGCUGACGAGGACGAGGGCGGGAGAGUCGUCGAGCGGGAGAGUGGAGCCGAAGAGGAGGAGGAGGAGCAACUCGUCGUUUCGUCGCCGUGCAACUGUACAUGUCGCUCUCUCUCUCUCUGUC